UGUAGCCAUGGGGGCUAUAGUUCAUCUCUCUAAAUUCCCUCUUUUAAGUUUCCCCUCAGGAAGAGAGGCCCACCAGAACCCCAGAAGAGCUGCUCCACAACUGUGCUAUGAAGUGGAGCCACACGGGACACAAGGAUAACAAUUCCUAAGACAGAGGAAAUGAGAAACAUUGAAACAACUCUUUUGACAAAACACUGUGGCCAGCGCAUUGGGGAAAAAUACUUCACACCUAUAUGAUCACGAACCAAUUUUCUCUAGCACUAUUGUGAUAAGACAAUUUUAUAUCUGUGGGUAAAUAUUGCAAUUUUAAUAUACAUGUAAAUAAAAAUAUUUCCUAUAAACACAUUCUUUUAUUGUUCAUUCUUAGUAUUCAUACUUAUCUAUAAAAAUAUUUCCUAUAAACACAUUCUUUAUUCAUACUUAUCUAUAAUGUAUUACAAAAACACAGCUAGUGAUGAUGUCAUCACUUUUUAUCAGAAAAACUUUUAGCAGUAACUUUUUAGCAGAAAAGAUGGGGAAUUUUUCUAUAACGUGCUAUUGUUUGCUUAGCUAGUGAUACAGAUAUGCAAUGCGUUUUCUCUUUCUUUCUUCCUGCCUUUCAAAAGGUGUAUCUCUGAUUUGCAUUUGAGAGUUCACACAAGUUCAGCUGCAAGCUUUGAGAAUUUGUGGUUCCACAUAAAAAACUGUAAACGGGUUUAAAAACCAGUCCUGUUCCCCUUCUGCUCACUCUGCCCAAAGUGCCUUUUUUUUGGUCAAAGCAGAUCUAUAGGUCUAAAACGUCCAGCUGAGUGACAGGGUUAAAACUUUUACCUAUUUAUUCAGAUGUCAGGACAUUACUGAAGUAAAUGUAGCUGACGAUGCAUGGUUAACCCAUAUGGUUUUGCAUAUAUUUUAGAAAUAUGGAUAAAAGUCAAAGAAGAAAUAAUUCCCAUUGUACUUUACUGCGGAUGCAGAAUACCUGCAGUAUGAACCGGACAUUAACAGGACAUAGAAGGGCAAUAAUAUAAACUGCAUUAUGGGAUUACUAGGCAAUUUUAAGAAUGUGUUUCAUCAUAGUCCAGUAUGAAUAGCAGAAUCCUUCAGAUUUACCUGAUUUUUUAUUUUGUAUGUACAUUCUGAGAACUCUAUUGACUACAACUUCAAAAGGGCUCAAGCCAGUGACCUCAAAAUGAGGUUCACAGACAGUACACAAUGAUGAAACUGAAGCAGCAAAGCGCUGAUGAACCGAAAUGUAAACAUUCAUACUAUUAGGACAUGACGGCAUUUUCAUUUAAUUUUAUUUUGGUGUUCUACUGGGUUGUCUUCAGACACCUUCCUUUCAUACCUUAGACCGUCUCAAGGGUGUUAGGGGAGAAUCCAACAGCCUCGGGGAAAUCAAUGAACUUGAGCACGGAGUUCGUGUUAACAGAAUACUUCUUUCUGAAUAUGUCAGCCAUCCCGACUUCCUCCCGGCGGAUGGAGGCAAAUUUACAUCUGAGGGUACCUUUGAUUUACUGGAGUUCGAAAAGGCUCAGUUCCUCCGCCUUUGUUCCUCUUUCCUUGGGUUCCCAGGCCACCUGUCCCACAGGGUACACCUGCCCCUCUCGCCGCCCUCGGAGCUGGCAGCCGGCGAUCGCCGAGUGCAGCCCCGGGGAGACGACGGCGGCGCGGAAGGAAGGAAAGAGUCGGGCGCGCGGCCGCUGGAGGGCGGCGGGGUGGGGGUGGGGUGGGGAAGCCGAGGGGCGUGGCCGGCGCGCGCGCGCGCGCCGCCGCCGCCGCCGCGUCACCAGCGUGCGGCACGUGCCCGUGUUUACGUCCCUCGUGGAGCCGCCGACGUCAGCAGGCGAAUGGCAACAUUGUGGCGAUGCUGAGGCGCAGAGUUUAGGAGACGCGUCAGUCCGUCUGGCGGGCUCCGGGCGGCAGAGAAGAGGAGCAGAACGAGGGGCGGGGAGGUCGGCCAGGCGAGUGGCGGGGACACACACGCCGCCGGCGCCGCCCGCCGCCCGGCCCGCCGACCCCGCGCCUCCCCUCCAGGGCGCCGCAGACGCAGCCCCGCGGCCUGGCGCGGGGGGCGGCCGGGGCGGCGCGAGGCGCUGCCGCAGCGCGGGCUUGUAAACAGAUCCGACCGCACGUGACCAUGUGAACUACCUGCUC